AUGGGCCGCAGCAACAGAGUCCUCUCGUUCGUCUCCCAGUUCUCUCGCUCCAAGAGCCCGCCCACGCCCGCCGCAUCGCCUCCCGCGACCUCUCCCGUCGCCGCCGCCGCGACCACCAACGAGCCCUUUCCGGAUCAUCACAUCGGCCUCAACCUCCCUCCCACGCCGCCCUCCUACCCGGACUAUGGCACAGUAGACGCUGACGCCCCCGAAAGCCCCCCUCACAAGCGUCAGCGCAGCACCUCCCGUCCUCUCUCCAUCAGCUCCUACCAGCCGCCUCUCAUGGACAUCACCGAGGACACCAUCCCGGAGCUGCAGCCCGUCUUCUCCUUUCUCAACUCCCACUCCAACAAACUUUACCAAGAGGGCUAUUUCCUCAAACUCGACGACCAAAACACACAGGGCAAACCUAAUGUCGACCGGACAUGGACCGAAUGCUUCGCCCAACUCGUCGGCACCGUCCUCUCCCUCUGGGACGCUGCCGAGCUUGAUGCCGCCGGCGAGGAUGGCGAGGUUCUCCCUAAAUUCAUCAACCUCACAGAUGCCUCCAUUAAAAUGAUCGAGUCCCUUCCUACCCGCUCCAAGGACGAGCAGCCCUUGCAAAACAUUCUCAGCAUCUCCACCGCUGGUCGCAACCGAUACCUCCUCCACUUCAACUCUCACCAUUCCUUGGUCCAAUGGACUGCCGGUAUUCGCCUUGCCAUGUACGAGCACUCCACCCUUCAAGAGGCAUACACUGGUGCCCUCAUUGCCGGCAAGGGCAAGACUCUCAACAACAUCAACGUCAUCCUCGAGCGCGCCCGCUUUCCAACCGAAUCAUGGGUCCGAGUCCGCUUCGGUGCAGGUGUCCCCUGGAGACGCUGCUGGUGUGUCAUCACUCCACCCGACGAGAAGGAGUUCGCCAAGCAGCAAAAGGAGAUGAAGAAGCGCUCCGCCUACGACAGAUCCGCCGUCCCCACCCUCAAGGGCGACAUCAAAUUCUACGACCAGCGCAAAGAAGGCAAGAAGCAGAAGAAGCUCCAGCCUAUUGCUUCCAUCACCGAUGCGUACGCCGCCUACGCCAUCUACCCUCAGGCCAAGUCCCUUGUCGAUGCUUCCACCCUCAUCAAGAUUGAAGGCAAUGUUUCCAUCCACACCGAGCCUCCCUCGUCCACCGAGGGCUUUGUCUUCGUCAUGCCCGAGAUUCAUCCCAUGGUCACCGGCUUCGAGAUGCUGUUGCGCAACCUCGUUCCUACCUGGGACACGUUUGGUCUCUACGGCCGCCCUGGUCGUCUCGUCGCCAGCGUCCUUGACCAGCGCUCCCUCAUGUUCGCCAUGCCCAAGCACAAGCGCUAUGGCUACCUCGAACUCCUCGACGUUGCCACCCUCAUCAAUGACCCAGGCAGCUCUAGCUGGAACGAGCGCGAGUGGCGCAAGCGCCUCAAGGAAAUCACCGGCACCCGCAUGAACGCUAUUGAGGAAGGUGGCCCUCGCAACGGCCGCAACAGCGCCAACAGCCCCAUGGGUAGUAUGCGACCCAAGGUUGGCUUUGCCGAUGACGGUGCCUCGACCAGAUCCUCGCGUUCCCAUUCCCUCAACGGCGGCCCUAGAACGGAUUCCGCUCCCCCAGAGGCCCAGGGCGGCUGGCAACAGCCUGGCUCGGAUGUCAACGCCAGACCCUAUCCCGGACCCCCCGGACCCCCCGGCCCAGGCGGCCCUCCCGGCGGCCCAGGCGGCCCCGGGGCUCCCAUGUCCAACAGACCACCCUAUCCUCAAGAACUUGGCGGCCCCGAAGACGGCCGUGCCACUCCUCAAAUGAUGCGCAACAUGAACGCGCCAGAGCCCGUCUCCCGCCCUCCCGCGUUCAACCACAAUCCUCAAGACCGCGCCAACAAAGCCUACCAUUCCCCUGAGCUCCGCCGCGCUAACAGCAGGCUCUCCAGCUCCACGCUGGCUCAGAUGCACGAGGCUAGAAACCAACCAUACACCAACGAACUCGACGGUCAACCCAUGCCUGGCGCCAAUGGCCCGCCUCCACCGCCUCACGGCCAGUACAUGGGACCCCCCGGCCCUCAAGGUCGCCCCGGGCCGCCGCCCUCCUCCCUCGGCGUCCCCCCUGGCCCAGGUCAGAAUCGAUCCAACUCGCCAUACGGGCCGCCGAAUCCUGGUAUGGGCCCCGGUCUAGCUCCGGGUGGCCGGCCCCCCACUGCGGAGGGACGUCGCUCUCCGUAUCCUCCCGGGCAAGGACCCCCUCCCGGGCAAGGACCACCACCUGGCCAAGGACGCGGCCGACCGCCACCCGGCCAAGAAAACUUCAGACCCGGUCCCGGCGGACCCGGUCCCCGUGGCCCCGGAGGACCUGGAGGGCCCGGCGGCCCGCCCUCUGCUGGCCCCAUGCACCGAAAGCCCAUGCCCAUGCGCGGGCCUCCGCCCAACCGUGGGCCGCCACCCUCAGCGGAUGAUAUUAUCGAUGCCUAUAGCGAGAUGCGUGCCCCUACAGGUCCUGGUCCCGGAGCUAGGGGUACCGGAGGCGGUUACGGACCGGGUCCCGGCGUCGUACGCCCAUACACUCCGAAUGGUGGCCAAGGACCUCAGGGACCGCCACCCGGCAGCUUCUCACGACCGAUGCGAACUCCGCCCACGGAGGGUCAACGACCCAUGCAUCCUCAGCAGCAACCGCCUUCCUACCAAGGCCAGGCUUUCUGA